UAACAUUGUAGCCACCAAACCCCACUAACUUUAAUUUGUGACUAACAAAAAAAACAAUUACUUAACUGAUUUAGUGUGUAUAAUGAGUGAUUACAAAGGCAGAUAGAUAGAAGAAAAUGGCAGAUAUGAACACCUCCAUUGGAAACACAGAAAGAAAACCUAUUCGUUGCAAAGCUGCUGUAGCUAGAAAAGCAGGGCAACCAUUGGUGAUAGAGGAGGUGAUAGUGGCUCCACCAAAAGCUUAUGAAGUUCGUAUCAAGAUCCUUUGCACUUCACUUUGUUAUAGCGACAUCACCUUCUGGAAAUUAAAAGAUCCUCCCGGAUGCUUUCCAAGAAUCAUGGGCCAUGAGGCUGUUGGGAUCGUAGAGAGUGUAGGAGAAGGAGUGGAUGAAAUAAUGAAAGGAGAUUAUGUUGUACCAGUUUUCAUAGCUGAUUGUGGUGAAUGUAAGGAUUGCAAAUCAAGCAAGAGCAACUUGUGUUCGAAGCUUCCAUUUAAGGUCUCCCCAUGGAUGCCAAGGGAAGAGACAAGCAGAUUUACUGAUUUAAAGGGGGAAACUCUCUUUCACUUCUUGUUCGUUUCAAGCUUUUGCGAAUAUACUGUUGUCGACAUUGCUCAUCUCACUAAACUUCACCCUCAAAUUCCUCCCAACAGGGCAUGCCUUCUCAGUUGUGGGGUUUCCACCGGGAUAGGUGCUGCUUGGAAGACUGCGAAUGUCGAACCUGGAUCCUCAGUUGCUAUAUUUGGCAUGGGAGCUAUUGGAUUGGCGGUUUAUUACGACUUUUAUUGGACCUCAAAGGUUGCAGAGGGAGCUAGGCUUUGUGGAGCAACUAAAAUAAUAGCAGUAGAUGUAAACCCGGAUAAAUUUGAAAUUGGUAAAAAGUUUGGAGUCACCGACUUUAUCAACCCUAAAAGUUGUGAGGAUAAAUCUGUCAGCCAGAUUAUAUGCGAGAUGACAGACGGAGGUGCAGAUUAUUGUUUCGAAUGUGUAGGCAUGUCGACUUUGGUAGAGGAAGCUUAUGCUUCUUGCCGAAAGGGUUGGGGUAAAACGGUUGUGCUAGGAGUGGACAAGCCAGGUUCACAACUGAGCCUCACUUCUGCUAAUGUAUUGUGUAGCGGCAAAACUCUAACAGGGGCAUUGUUUGGAGGUCUAAAGGCGAAAUCUGAUAUUCCUAUCCUUGUAAAACGUUAUUUGGACAAGUUAAAGAUAUUGGUGGUCAAAGUUGUGCAUUGGCAAACGCGUCCAGUCAAAACGGUGCGAGUAUUAAAGGACGGAGGGAGUAACUAGUUUAGGGCCCGUGUAACGCACAGCUACUACAAAAACAAUUUAUUAUUUUAAUAGUAAUUAAAAGACUUGUGAUAUUAUGAAAACAUUAAAGUAAAAGGAUAUAUGAAAAAAUAUAAAUUCAAAGUUGUGUAAAAAAAUAUUCAAAUGAACUAAAUUUGCAUAUUACUAUACAAAGUUAAAAAUUAUAGGCGUUUAUUUGUAUGUAGAACGAUCUAACAACGUUAACCAAACCCGAAUGACUCAAGACUAAUUUUCGAAAAGACCCGAGCAUAACCGAGUUAGUCAAAUA